CUCACGCGAGACUGACUUUCAGGAAGUUCCACGUCAGUGUCCAGUGCACUGCUCACUGAAAUCGCAACAUUUGGACUCCUACUGCAGCUAUUUACAAUAUAUUAGUCUUAUAGCGACAACACGGGGAUAAAACAUGCCUCUUCGGCUGGACAUCAAGCGGAGGCUGACAGCCAGGUCAGACCGAGUGAAGAGCGUGGACCUUCACCCGACAGAGCCGUGGAUGCUGGCCAGUCUGUACAAUGGCAGCGUUUGUGUGUGGAACCAUGAAACACAGACGCUGGUGAAGACAUUUGAAGUGUGUGACCUCCCAGUAAGAGCCUCCAAGUUUGUGGCCAGGAAAAACUGGGUCAUCACUGGAGCGGAUGACAUGCAGAUUCGGGUGUUCAACUACAACACCUUGGAACGGGUCCACAUGUUUGAGGCCCACUCUGACUACAUCCGCUGCAUCGCUGUUCACCCCACCCAGCCGUACAUCCUCACCAGCAGUGAUGACAUGCUGAUCAAGCUAUGGGACUGGGAGAAGAAGUGGUCGUGCAGCCAGGUGUUUGAGGGUCACACUCACUACGUCAUGCAGAUCGUAAUCAACCCGAAAGACAACAAUCAGUUUGCCAGUGCCUCCCUAGACAGAACCAUCAAGGUUUGGCAGCUGGGCUCCUCAUCUCCCAAUUUUACUUUGGAGGGCCACGAGAAAGGAGUGAACUGUAUUGACUACUACAGUGGAGGAGACAAGCCUUACCUCAUUUCAGGGGCUGAUGACCGCCUGGUCAAGAUCUGGGACUACCAGAACAAGACCUGUGUUCAGACCCUGGAGGGCCAUGCCCAGAAUGUCUCCUGCGUCAGCUUCCACCCAGAGCUGCCAAUCAUCAUCACAGGAUCAGAGGAUGGUACGGUGCGCAUCUGGCACUCUAGCACUUAUCGCCUGGAGAGCACUCUGAACUAUGGCAUGGAGCGAGUGUGGUGUGUGUGUGGCCUCAGGGGCUCCAACAAUGUGGCGCUGGGCUACGAUGAAGGCAGCAUCAUUAUCAAGCUGGGUCGAGAGGAACCAGCCAUGUCCAUGGACACCAAUGGGAAAAUUAUCUGGGCCAAGCACAGCGAGGUACAGCAGGCCAACUUGAAGGCCAUGGGUGACGCUGAGAUCAAAGACGGGGAGAGGCUUCCGCUGGCUGUCAAAGACAUGGGCAGCUGUGAGAUCUACCCCCAAACCAUCCAGCAUAAUCCUAAUGGAAGGUUUGUUGUGGUGUGUGGAGAUGGAGAGUAUAUCAUCUAUACUGCUAUGGCUUUGAGGAACAAGAGCUUUGGUUCAGCACAGGAAUUUGUCUGGGCUCAUGACUCCUCUGAAUAUGCCAUCAGGGAAAGCAACAGCAUUGUCAAAAUCUUCAAGAACUUCAAGGAAAAGAAAUCUUUUAAGCCAGACUUUGGAGCUGAAGGUAUUUAUGGUGGUUUCUUGCUUGGGGUGAGGUCAGUGAAUGGUCUUGCCUUCUAUGACUGGGAGAACACAGAAUUGAUCCGCCGCAUAGAGAUCCAGCCCAAACAUAUCUUCUGGUCCGAUUCUGGUGAGCUGGUCUGCAUUGCCACAGAGGAGUCUUUCUUCAUCCUGCGUUACCUGGCAGACAAAGUUGCUGCCUCCCAGGAGUCCAACGAAGGAGUCACAGAGGAUGGUAUUGAGGAUGCCUUUGAGGUCCAAGGAGAGAUUCAGGAGAUUGUCAAGACUGGACUCUGGGUGGGAGACUGCUUCAUCUACACCAGCUCUGUCAACAGACUCAACUACUUUGUUGGAGGAGAGAUUGUCACUAUUGCCCACUUGGACAGGACCAUGUACUUACUGGGUUACAUCCCUAAGGAUGACCGUCUCUACCUGGGAGACAAGGAGCUGAACAUUGUGAGUUACUCUCUGCUGGUGUCCGUCCUGGAGUACCAGACUGCUGUAAUGAGGAGGGACUUUGGGAUGGCUGACAAGGUGCUUCCCACAAUCCCCAAAGAGCAAAGGACCAGGGUGGCCCAUUUCCUGGAGAAACAGGGUUUCAAGCAACAGGCCCUGGCUGUGUCCACAGACCCAGAACACAGGUUUGAGCUGGCUCUGCAGCUGGGAGAACUGAAGAUAGCCUACCAGCUGGCUGUGGAGGCUGAGUCAGAGCAGAAGUGGAAGCAGUUGGCAGAGCUGGCCAUCAGUAAGUGCCAGUUCAGUCUGGCCCAAGAGUGUCUCCACCAUGCCCAGGACUAUGGUGGCCUACUCCUCCUUGCCACAGCCUCUGGUAAUGCUGCCAUGGUGGGCAAGCUGGCUGAGGGAGCAGAGCGGGACGGAAAAAACAAUGUGGCCUUCAUGACCUACUUCCUGCAGGGGAAACUGGAUCAGUGUCUGGAGCUGCUGAUCAGGACUAACCGACUGCCAGAGGCUGCCUUCCUGGCUCGCACCUACCUGCCCAGCCAAGUCUCUCGUGUGGUCAAACUUUGGCGGGAAAACUUGGCUAAGGUCAACCAGAAGGCGGCUGAAUCCCUAGCAGACCCCACAGAGUAUGAGAAUCUGUUCCCAGGACUGAGAGAAGCAUUUGCAGCUGAGCAUUUUCUCAGAGAGACAUGCUUGGGAACCACCAGACCUGCCAAAGACUAUCCUCUUGUCACGCCUAAUGAAGACAGGAAUAUUCUUGAAGAGGCUCAGGGAUAUGAGCCCAAAGGGACUUUUCCUCCUCCUGUCAGCAAGCCAGAGGAUAGUGAAGAGUCCGCCCCAGCAGCUGAUAUGUUUGCGUCCAUUGUAGCAGCAGUGGCAGCUCCCGUUGCUGCAGCAGUGCAGCCAUUACUGCCUGAGCCAUUAGUGGCUCUUGCAAAAGAGGAGGAGCAAAAUGAUGAAGAAAUCCCACAGCUGGCACAGGAUAAGUCUCUGGACGAACUGGAAGUGGACCUGGACAACAUGGAGCUGGAUGACAUUGACACCACGGAUGUUAACCUCGAUGAUGAUUUUCUAGAUGACUGAGAUCUUCUUCCCUUCCAGUCACUAACAACGCUUCAGAGUUUAUUUAAAAAAAAAGAGACAGAGACCAAACACCCCUUUCCCCCAUUUUGUAUUUGUACUUACUGUUAUGUUGCCAUGUCCACCUGCUGCAGUGGAAUGAUUUGAAUAGAUUAUAUCAAUAAUGUUUUUUUCCCACAGAGGGAGGAGGCACAAACUGUCUGUUUUCCGAUUUUGUACUCCAUUAAUUCAUUCACUGAGGACCUUUGACUAGCUGUGUAUUGAGCAAUGUAUUUACUCUUUGGAUUGUGUUGUCUGCCAUGUUAAAUCAAAGUUUAUUCAGUCAAAUAAACUGCAGUUGCUGUACAUAUUCA